AUGGGGGGCGAAGGACACAAGGUCGGUGGACACAAGGGCAGAGGAGUAGGACACAAGGGCGGAGGAGUAGGACACAAGGGCGGAGGAGUAGGACACAAGGGCGGAGGAGUAGGACACAAGGGCGGAGGAGUAGGACACAAGGGCAGAGGAGUAGGACACAAGGGCGGAGGAGUAGGACACAAGGGCAGAGGAGUAGGACACAAGGGUGGAGGAGUAGGACACAAGGGCAGAGGAGUAGGACACAAGGGUGGAGGAGUAGGACACAAGGGUGGAGGAGUAGGACACAAGGGCGGAGGAGUAGGACACAAGGGCGGAGGAGUAGGACACAAGGGUGGAGGAGUAGGACACAAGGGCAGAGGAGUAGGACACAAGGGUGGAGGAGUAGGACACAAGGGCGGAGGAGUAGGACACAAGGGCAGAGGAGUAGGACACAAGGGCGGAGGAGUAGGACACAAGGGCAGAGGAGUAGGACACAAGGGUGGAGGAGUAGGACACAAGGGCAGAGGAGUAGGACACAAGGGUGGAGGAGUAGGACACAAGGGUGGAGGAGUAGGACACAAGGGCGGAGGAGUAGGACACAAGGGCGGAGGAGUAGGACACAAGGGCAGAGGAGUAGGACACAAGGGUGGAGGAGUAGGACACAAGGGUGGAGGAGUAGGACACAAGGGCGGAGGAGUAGGACACAAGGUCGGUGGACACAAGGUCGGUGGAGUAGGACACAAGGGCGGAGGAGUAGGACAUAAGGGCGGAGGACACUGGGGCGGAUCACAUGAUACUCUCCUUAACAUAGACACAACGGUGGAACAAAAGACCAUCUCAAAUGAUGAACUAGUUGUACCAUUGCACAAUUGGACAUGA